ACUGGGGAAAGCUUCCAACACACAAUCCACAACACAGCUUGGGAACUCAAAAGCUACAGAUCCAGCCACUCAACUCAGAGCAUUUCAGAAUCGCGUGCAUUCUCUCAGCACAAGAAAAGAAAGAGAGAAAAAGCUAGUGAUCGAUUUUUCACAAAAGAACCAGAGUUCUGAAAGGCAGAAUUUAAGAGUGUAACUACCUGCUGGAAAAGGAGCUCUUUUUCCUCUCCAAAGCACUGCCUUUGAUGAGGUAAAAGCAUUUAAUACAGAAGCUCUGGCAGUGUGAAAUUAAGCUGCAGAAAGCCUGGGCAGUGGAAAACUUCAUCAGAGAACAGGGAGAAAGGUUUAAUUGUAAGACAUGGAUGCUAAAGGAUUACAAGAAGAUAAACUGAAGAUGCUUGUAAUUUUACUAGCAUAUUUGCUAAGUAGGGUAAUUUGUGAGACUGGAGAUUGCAGAGAGCAAGAAUUUAGGGACCCCACUGGAAACUGUAUCCUCUGCAAGCAGUGUGGACCUGGAAUGGAACUCUCAAAGGAAUGCGGCUUUGGAUAUGGGGAGGAUGCACAGUGCAUGACAUGCAGGCCAAACAGAUUCAAGGAAGACUGGGGCUUUCAGAAGUGCAAGCCUUGUCUGGAUUGUGCUUUAGUUAACAGGUUUCAGAAGGCCAACUGUUCUGCCACCAGCAAUGCACUAUGUGGAGACUGUUUACCAGGAUUUUAUAGAAAGACUAAGCUUGGAGGCUUUCAAGACAUGGAGUGUGUUCCUUGUGGUGAUCCUCCUCCUCCCUAUGAGCCUCACUGUACCACCAAAGUGAACCUUGUGAAGAUCCCAUCAACUGCUUCCAGUCCUCGAGACACUGCUUUAGCAGCUGUAAUAUGCAGUGCACUUGCAACAGUGCUCUUAGCUCUUCUUAUUCUUUGUGUUAUCUAUUGUAAGAGGCAGUUUAUGGAGAAGAAACCAAGCUGGUCUCUGAGAUCACAAGACAUUCACUACAAUGGCUCUGAAUUGUCAUGUUUUGAUAGACCACGGCUAAAUGAAUAUGACCACAGAACGUGUUGCCAGUGCCAGAGAAACACAUCACAGACAUGUGGACCUGUUCACUUGAUUCCGUCACUGUGCUGUGAGGAAACCUGUAGCAUGGAGCACAGCAGUCACAGCUGUGUUUUCCACUCACAGACUACACUUCAUGAAAGGGCUUCUGAUUCUGUUGGAGAAAUGAUUCCUACCUUCCUCGGUUCUCUUUCGCACUCUGACUGUGGAGAUAUUUCAGAUGCUUGGCCUCUUAUGCAAAACUCGGGUUGUUGUGACAGCAUCUCUUUCUGUGAAUCCUAUUCAGAACCAGCUGGGGGAUCUGCAAAACCCUGCAGCCCAGAGACUGAAAAUGCAGCCACUUUUGAGUUGGAUAAUAACCAGGAACUAAGUGAAAUACUUAUUUCAGCUAAGUCUCUUGUUGGAAAUGUUGCAAAGUCCUUUGAAAACUCCAGACAUAGAACAGGCUUAGAAGUUUCGUCACCUCAGACCACAGCAGCUGCUGAAACCCAGCCAAAGACAAAGCGUAAUGGAACAGCAAAUGACUCUACUGACUGAUAAAGAGGAACCCAAGCUGUUUCUCUCAGCACUAAAGCUGAAUGCUUCCCUUCUGCUCCUCUGCUGAUGCUCAUCAAGCUUAGUCUGAUCUUCAGUGUCGCAUGGUUUCAAAAUCAGCUGGAAGGAAAGGGCAUCAUUUCACACCUUCUGAGCAGUUGCAUCUGAGCCAUAACAGCUGAAAGGUGAAACUUCAAGGAACAUCCUAGGAGAACCCUGAAAGUGGAUUUAUCACCUUUCGCAUCUCUUAAAAAAAAAAAAAAAAAGAAAAAAAGAAUCUUCUGUUCCCUCAGAUUCUCAAAGAAUCUGAUGGAGUGAGCUUAAAGGUAUAUGUAAAUGCAGCAAGAAAUAUAAAUCUUCAAUGUAUUUAGCUGGGUACCUUAAAUACAGCUACAGAUGUCAGAAGGCAUCAGUUACCCUGCUUGCACAUUUGUGUAUGCAUUAGAUUUCUUUAGCUGGUUUUAAUUUUAAAUCAGUUUCUUGCUGCAAAGGACUUAAAAAAUAAACAUUUCUCAUUAUCCAAGGAUCAUCUAUUGUUAAACUGAAGCUUUUAUUAUAUAUUACAUUAUAGUCCAUAAGCUAGUUUGAGGAGUUAAAGAAUUUGCAUGUUACAACGUGUAUGGUUGAAGUCCUCUCCAUCCAAUUAUUUCAUUUUGGGAGGGGGCCUUUUUUGUUAAAUAUAGCAGGAGAUUUAGCUUGAAAUUAGAUUUAGUUUAAUGAAAAAGUCAGUUGUAUAGAUAGGGAAGUUGUGUUUAAUUGGUAGUCUCAAUAUUGGAAUACAGCACUUGUUGUUACAGCAUGUAAUUUUGGAUGUUGAAAUAGUGUAAUCAUUUGUCACAUCAAAAUGUCAAACUAUAGCAGGUGUGCCAUGAAAGUAUUCAUACAACAAGACUAUUACUGAUAUUUUUUAGUAAUGCAUUCUUCUUAAGAGUCAAGCUUCAUGGUGAUCUAAUUCAUUCAUUUAGCAGGCCUUUUCAUUCAUGUCACUCUGUCCUUCAGUUACUUCAUUGUAGUAACUUGCAAAUUCAAUUUUCCCACACAAAAUACGCAGAUUAAUUCAUAACCAUUUAAAAAAACACCUCUGAAUUUAACCCUCAGAGUUGUGUGCAUGCCUAAUAAAUUAGCAACUCUCUGCCCUUGUUGCUGUCUUUCAAGAGUUUUUUAGCUGCAGUUUGUUGCACCGCAUCCCAUAAUAUCAUUUGUUCUGCAGCCAUUUUUAUCUGCAAAACAGUUUUCACUUCUGUGAGUAAUCCCAGUAACCUCUACUGAUUCAUUACAUUCAACAGGCUCAGACUUGUCAGUGAUGAAUUCUAGCAAUUACUCUCUAAAAUACCCAAUGUGCCUUGACAAAAGCAAAGCAAUCAGCAAAACAAAUGCAAAUUGGCAAUAAAUAUUACUCAUCUUCCCACACAAGGUCUGUGUGGCAAUGGAAAUGUUGAGACAGUAUUCAGAAGGCUGAACCUGCACCAGAAUAGCUAAAGCCAGUCUUGGCAGCCAAGGCAGUAGGGUGCUUCAGCUAAGACUAUUCAUGUGUGCAAAAAUCAUGAAUAACAGUUAUCAGAUUCAAACCAAAGUAAGUGAAGAUAUUACGUAAGUGAUUUAGGUUUUGGAAAGUAGUAAAUACCACCAUUCAGUCACUGACAGCAUCAUGUGCAGUUAUACUGGAGUACCAUUCCUCAGCUGAAUACUUUAAAGUCUAUAUUCAAAUAAGAGUAGUUUUGAAUAAUCUCUUUGGAUACUUUAAUACAUGUAAGAAGUGGCAAAAUGUUAUUUUUCACUACAUGUGCAUGAAGAGAUGUGUGCUUCUUUGUAUAUACUUUGUAAAUAGAAACAAAUCCAAUGUGCAUUUCAGUGUAUGGCAAGGUAUUUGUAGAACAUAUGGAGCUUUCCUUUUCACUGAUAACUAAUAACUAGUUCUUUGAAAUGCUGUGUUCAAAAGUUCUGUCAGCAUCUGCCACAGUAAGUAUGUUUUCCCAUUGGAAUUUACACUCUGUGUAAUUGUUUUUGUCUGGCAACUCUAGAGAAGAAAACUCAUUUCUUUAAAUGAGUGAUGGAGAGCUUGAGAGAAAAUUGGGAGGCAAAAAUGAAGAGAGGGAUUUUUAAGGUGUGUAUAUUGUGUAUAUAGUUUUUUCUUUAAUUUAACCAAAUUGGUCUUUUUUAUAUUGCCUGUGGCAAGCAAUGUUGUAUAUGCCAAUAGAAAACAUACACUACCACUGCAUUUAGACUGCCCACCUACCGUGUCCAGGAACUUAUAGUGCUGUUUUAAGUAGUCCUGUAAGGAAUGUAAAUUAAAAACUUGUAUAAAUUGUUUUGUAACACUUUUUCUACUUGUGAAUAAAACAUUACGUAAACCA